AUGGAAUAUAAUGAAAUAUUAUUUUGGAAAGUAUUUCAUAAUAAAUUUAUAUUUAAUAUUAUAAUUGAACAAAUUUCAAAUGAUCAAUUAGAGUAUGAACGUAUUGAAUUAUAUAAAAUUGGUAAUAGAAUUAAAUUUAAAGAUAUUCAAUCAUUGAAAUUAAUUGUAUCAAAAAAACAAUUUGAAUUAUUAAAAUGUAAAUUAGAACAUAAUGAUUUCAUUUUAUAUAAUAGAGAAUCAAUUGAUCAAUUAAUACAUUAUGCACCAAUUGAAAUAAUAAAAUUAUUCAUAGAGAAAUAUAAAAUCAAACAACAAGAUCCGCAAUUAGAUAAAUUGAAUGUAAUGAUUGAUUUAGUACUCCAUAGUAUAAAAAAUAAUAAUUUAGAAUGUUUAAGAUAUUUUUUAAUUGAAUUACAAUUACCAGUUGAAAGAACUGCAUUUGAAUAUACCUUAAAAGAGAAAUCAAUUGAAUUCAUUGAUUUAAUAUUAAACUCGAAUCAAUUUAAAUUGGAAGAAUCUACAAGGAAAUUCUGUUUAAAAUUAAUAUCAAACAAUUCAAGAAAUUUCAAUGACCUAAUUGAAUAUGUAAUUUAUAAAAGACCAGAAUUAAAUUAUUUUACAACUAAAUCAAUAGUUGAAAAUUUUAAUCAACAAAAAUUAUCAAAAUAUCCAGGUUAUUUAAAUACUCCACAAAUUUUAGAUUUUUUUUUAUUUUAUAAAAUCAAAUCAAAAGAAACAAAAUUAAAAUUAUUAGAAAUGGGUUGUGUUUCAACGGUUAAACCAGAAUUUAUAUAUUCAAAUAAAUUAAAACCAACCAAUUGGAAAGAUUAUGAUGAAGUUGAAUUUUACCUUUUUAUAAUUUUAAAACUUGGUGAACUUGAGAAAUGUAUAGCAAAAGAUACAACUUUAGCAAUUAUUAGGAAUGAAUUUGAAGGGAUUAAAGAUUGUUCAAAUUUAAAAACACAGGAUAAAUGUAAAAAGUUACAUGAAUUAAUAAUAAUUAAAUUAUUUCCUUAUUUCUCAUCACAUAUUUAUAGAGAUUAUUUUGAACUUUAUGAUCAACCUAUACCAAAUUCAGAUUUUCUUUUCACUUUUCAAAUUACAUUUUCAACAUUUAGUGUAAAUGGGUUAAAUUAUUUAUUAGAUUUAAAAAAAAAAAAAAAAUCAAUUCAAACCACAACAACAACAACAACAAUUUAUAUUAAUGAAAUUACAAAAAAAAUAGAUACAAAUAAUGAAAAAGAAGUUUUAGAAUUUUUAAAAAUAUAUUUUAAAUCAAAACAUUUACUACCAGAACUUAAUAAAGUUUCAAUUGAUAAUAUGUUUUUACAUGUAUUAAAUCAUUGUUCAAUUGAAACUUUAAAUGAAAUUUUAAAAUUAAAACCAUCAUCACAAGAUGAUAUAAUUAAAGGAUUUUUAAGUGGUUUUUUACCAGAUAAUAAUUUUCAAUCAUCAAGAGAAAAAGCAGAUGAAUUUAUUAAAACAAUUCAUAUUAAUAAAGAUAAUGAUCGUUUUAUUUGGUUCUCUGAGAAAUUAGUAAAGAAAUUAUCAUCAACUGCAGAAAGAAAUUUUAUUAAUUAUAAAUGUUUAAAUUAUUUGAAUAUUUCAACGAAAAAUCAUGUAGACUUUUUAAUUGAAAAUAAACCAGAAACUGUAAUAAUUCCAUUAGUUAAAAAAUAUUUUGAAAUUGAAAGUUUAGAAUUAAUAAAUUAUUUUGAAAAGAAAUUAAAUCAAUCGAAACCAUCAGCAAAUCAUUAUUAUUAUCUUUAUUUUAAAUCAUUAUUUAAUGGUGAUUUUAAAACUUUUCAAGAAAUUGAUGAUAUUAAAAAUUUAAAAUUGGAAUUCCAAUCAGCUGAUUUCAAAUCAAUUAAAAUUAAUGACCCAUUGUUGAUUGAUAAAGUCAUUGAAAAUAUUAAUAAAAGUAAUCUUAAAAGUUUAACAAGUGAUUCAAAAAUUAAACUUUUUAAAUUCCUAUUAAAACAAAAUGAUGAAAAAUUACAAUCAAAAGUAAUUGGAAGCCUACAGUUUAAUUUAUUCCCAUUAGAAUCAAUGUUAGUUUUAUUAGAUAAUAUAUUGGAUGUAAACAUUGAAGCUUCAAAUGCAAUCAUUAAUAAUUUAGUAAUCAAUGGUGAAUUUGAAUUAUCAUUAUUGGUUUUAGCUGUAAAUCAAUUUGAAAAGAGUAGAUUAUUUAUAAUUUAUAAAUCUUUGGAUGGUAAACUAAUUAAAAAUGGAUAUAAUGCAAAAGAUAAAUUAAUACCAUUUAUUAAAUCGUUAUUUAAUAAAUUGGAAGCAAAUUUAAAUGAUGACUUUCCAUCACUUUCAGAUAGUCAAGAAAUUCAAUUCAUCUUCUCUUAUCUUUACAAAUUAUUAAUACAAUGCGAUGAUAUAACAUUAGACUUAAUAAAUAGUGUACGUCAAUUUUAUUUAAGCAAUGAUUUAAUCAUUACCGAUGAUUUGUUUAGUUUAUCUUGUUAUCUUUCAUUAAGAUCUUAUCAAUUCAUUAAAUAUUUAUCUGCUAUGAAAAUAAGAUUAAAUAAUGGUAUUUUCUUUUUAAAUGGUGUUUGGAAUUUUGAAUUCGAUAGUUCUGAUCAAAAUUAUACACUAGACUUCAAUUUAAUGUUAAAAGAAAAUAAAGUACCCAUUGAUAAAGAUUUCUUUGAUGUAAUUUAUCAAACAACCAAAUCUAAAGAUAACAACUUUGAUUUCUUUAAGAAAAUUGUAUUCCACAAAUUAAGAAAUUUAAUGAUUGAAUUUCAAAGAUUGCCUCGCCCACUUCCAAUUGCUGUUGAAGUUAAUUUGUUUAUAGAGUUAAAUAGAGCAGAUCUGGUAUUGGAAUUAGCAGAGAUAGAAGUUUCACUAAAUAAACCAUUCCCAAUUGAAACCGUUGGUGGUUUUAUGAACAUUGCUACAUUGGAUCAACUUAAACAAUUAAUUUCAUUAAUAGGACAAACUGAAUCAAAACGUAUUAAAUAUCUAUUUUUAAAGAAUUCCAUUAUUUCCCGUAAAUUUGAUUUCAUUGAUUACUUUUUGAAAGAAUCAAUUUUAUUCAUUGAAGAAUUGACAAAAGGUUCAUUAGAUAGCAAUGAAUUUAAAUUUUUCAAAGAGAUCUUAGCUUCAAAUGAUAUUGAAUUGGUUGAAUAUUUAUUAAAAAAUUAUAGAGGUCAAGAUUUUCAGACAAUCGCCACCACCACUACCUCGAUUACCACCACUACUACCAAUCCUCAAUCUGUUGUUAUAACAGGAUUAAUUGAUUUAUUUAAAGACUUUCAAUAUUCUCAAAAUUUAUAUCAUAAUAAUUUUCAAGUUACAAUGGAUAAUGGUUUAAUCGAUAUGUUUAAUCUCUUAUCUCGACAUUUUCUAUUCGUUCCAAAAAAAGAUAAUAUCCUUCACACAAUUAGACAAGGAAGAUUUAAAUUGGUUGAUUAUUUAUAUAAAAAUGAUUAUUUCGAACAUCUUGGUGAAGAAACUAUAACCUCUAUUAAUGAUUUUGUAAAAGAUCAAUAUCCAUAUGAUUAUUUUUCUUUAAAAAAAAACAAAUAA